UUGCUGUUAAUUUUUUAAUUAUAAAGGCGAUUUCCUUGGCCUGAGGGUGGGUUGUGGGUUCGAGGACGGGUGCGUGUGGCACCCCGCUGAGUGGGCGGAGUUUCAGGGCGGAAGUUGAGGGAAGAGAUGAAAUUGGGGAGAAGCGGGAGUUUUGAGAUGGAGGAGCACGGUGUGUGGGGACUGGUGUGGCCUUAACCAAGUCACGAAUGGAUUUAGAGAGGAGCCUGAAGUAUUUAACAAACGUUGCUGAUAAAGUUGAAUUGGAGAAGAAGGCGCAAUUCCAGCAGUUGCUACCCCCCCCCCCCCCCCAACUCCACACAUAGUGAUCCAUCAUCAGGCGAAAAAUUAAUCCCUUAGGGAAGCGGCAACUUUUUAUAAGAAAAAGGAGGAAAAAUGCUACCGCAGCCUGGUGUGUUUCACUUUUUGUGGGAGAUUUGUUCAGGUGCAGCAGAUGAAGGAAGUGCAGUGAGAACCUUUGGCAGGUUAACAAACUAUGAUGCCAGGAUCUCUGAGGCAGCUCUCUGUGUCCAUCACAACUCAAUUGAUUACAGUCUUCGGGUUCUCACUUCACUGGUGGAACCAUUUGAAGCUCGGGUUGGAGCAGAAUAUAUGGUACUUGGAGAAAUGGAAACCACAACAGGUAAUGGAAACCAUUCCACGGGUUUUGGAAGGGUGGAACAAGUGAUGGCAGAAGAUGGAAUAAAGCAGACACCCCAAAGAUCUGGAUAUCUUGCUGGAGCGAAGAAGGUGCCUCCACUCACGGAGGCCCAAGAAGCCCAUCUUCUCCAUAGUCAGGCAGCGAAAUGAAGUGGUUGUGCUUGAAAUUAGUAUCAGGAAUGGGCUACAAGGAUAUAAAAUGCAGUGCAACAAGAAGCUUAGUGAUCUCGCACACCUUGAGAAAGUCAAAUCCUACCUCCCAACAACUUCACACAUAGCCUCACACUGCUCCA